CGGCCCCUCAUCCCCUCUCCAUCUCUGUGAAAGCAUCGGCGCAAAAACCAGUUGACCUGACCAUGCCCUGCGCCGGCUCCUAUUAAUACCCCUCGUCUUCCUCGCGCCCCUCCUCGAUAUCCCUCUCGGUAAACGGUACGGUACAAUCAUACCGAUCAGGAGCCAGCUGCUGCUUCCUGUGUUGGUCCCACUGCCGAGAUCAGCAGCAGAAGCAGCCGUCGGUCCUCUGCGCCUCUCGUUGAUCGCUUGAUCCGAGGGGAUCCAAGGCGAGCUGCGUACGUGGCGGCGGCGAUGAGUUCGCUGAGCAUGGUGGAGGCGAGGCUGCCGCCGGGGUUCAGGUUCCACCCGCGGGACGACGAGCUCGUGCUCGACUACCUGUCCAGGAAGCUCGGCGGCGGCGCCGGAGGGGCCGCGGUGGCGAGCAUCUACGGCUGCCCCGCCAUGGUCGACGUCGACCUCAACAAGAUUGAGCCCUGGGACCUCCCCGAAAUCGCAUGCAUUGGCGGCAAGGAGUGGUACUUCUACAGCUUAAGGGACAGGAAGUACGCUACAGGCCAGAGAACAAAUAGAGCAACUGAAUCAGGCUACUGGAAGGCCACCGGGAAAGACCGUGCGAUAAGCCGGAAAGGGUUGCUAGUUGGCAUGAGAAAAACCCUGGUGUUUUAUGAAGGUAGAGCUCCUAAGGGGAAGAAGACAGAGUGGGUCAUGCACGAAUUCCGCAAGGAAGGGCAAGGCGAUCUGAUGAAGUUGCCACUCAAGGAGGACUGGGUCUUGUGUAGGGUUUUCUACAAGACCAGGACAACCAUCGCCAAGCCACCCACAGGGAGCAGCUACAACAUUGGCAGUGCAGCCGCAACCUCACUGCCUCCUCUCAUUGACAACUACAUUGCCUUUGACCAUCCUGGAAUGUCGACGGUGCAAAACCUAGAGGGUUAUGAGCAAGUGCCCUGCUUCUCCAAUGGCCCCUCCUCUCACCCGUCGUCGUCGGCCUCGAUGAGCAUCCCGGUGACAGUGAUGGCGCCCAUGGCUGCUGAUCAGGAGCAGCAGCACAUGGGGAAGGCGAUCAAGGACGCGCUGAGCCAACUCACCAGGUUUGAGCAAGGCAACGUGAAGAGGGAGGCGCCUGCCCAGGGUGGUGUGUUUGCUCAAGAUGGGUUCGAGUACUUAGCUGAGAGUGGCUUUUCACAGAUGUGGAACUCACUCAGUUGAUUUUCUAGCUAGGGUAUAUUAUUGCUAGUGCUACCAAUCAAGAUCUACAUUUUCUCGCGAGCAAUCUCCUGCAUGACUUGGCAAUUCGGCCAAACACAACAAAUAUUAUCUCUCA